AUGUAUGUGGAAAUUUUCCUCCUCUUCUUGCAUCACACACGCCUCCAUCUUAUCCUCUUCUUGCAUCCGCGUUGUUCUUGCCGUGGCUCCUGCUUAGCCUUCGACGCCGACGCCUGUACGACCCCAGCAGCGUUGCCCACGACCUCCCCAGGCGGCGGCGCUCAAGAAGGCCCCCGUCGCCGGCUCCUAUGCGGCCUCCCGCUGGCGGCCCCUUGCCUGGCGGUUGCGCCUGCGCGGAUCUGCGCAGCCACUUGGUGGCGGCGCCUGCGAGGCGCCCCUCCGGCGCCCCCUGUGAGGCCCCCCUCCGGCGGCCCCUGCGUGGCCCCUCGACGGUGCUACAAGCCAAGGUGCAGGUGCACCCUUGCGGCUGGCUCCUCUCUUGCCUUCCACGGCCAUGGCAAACCACACGAACACCACGGCCAUGACGAACCAACACGGAGGCGUUUGGUGAGGCUAUCUCUGAAUUGCGGCAAUAUGAUCAAGGUGCUCAUGGUGGCUAUUUUCGUUAGUGAUAAAAGAUUCAGUUGUCCGAGCAAAUCAUACGAGUUAUGUGUUGUACAAGCCAACGUCUUAGUUUUGUAGUUACUUGAGUGUAGCUUGGUUAUUGUCUUAGUAUUUCGUGUGAAAUAUUGUACAAGUACAGAUGUUGAUAGUUUCAAUGAAAAUGAUGAGCAAUAUUUGUCAA